GAAAUAAAGAAGCAGCCGGUGAGAGACUCUGACAGUCGAGAGCCAGAGACCGAGAGAGAAGCACGAUGUCUGAAUUCAGAAAGAUCAUAAUGUCUUCAUUCCUGAUGCUGCUGCUCCACUUUACAGCUGCAGAAGAGAAACGUUACUUCCGCAUUGUCAGAGUUGGAGAUGAAGUCACUUUGACUUUUGAAAAUGUGAUACAUGAUAAGGAUAAGUGUGAGAAUACUACCUGGUACUUCUUUUAUUCAAGAAUCUCAGAAGCAGUGACGCUGUUUGAAUACGGACAGAUUCACAAAGAUUUAGCCAAAGCUAAAUCAGACAGACUGAGAGUUGAAAAAAACUGUUCUCUGGUUAUAAAGAAUGUCACAGAGGAUGCUGGGCGUUACAUCUGCAGACAGUUCAGAUCGGGACAACAAGUUUCAGGCUCUGAGGUUUAUCUGUCUGUUGUUACCAUGACUGAACAUCAGGACAAUGAUGAGGUGACGUUACGUUGCUCUGUGAAGACAUAUGGAGACUGUAGACAGUCAGUGAAGUGGCUGCUUCAGGGUCAAGAUGUGGUUAAAGAUCACAGAGAGAUAAACACAUCACAGUCCCGCUGUUCUGCCUCUGUGACAUUUCUGACCUCUCAUUUUAGUAACACACCAAGGUUUGAGUUGUUUACUUGUGAAGUAACUUAUAAGAACACGAGAGAAGUACACCUGUUUCCCUUCAGCCCUCAGUCCUCAGGUGAGGAUCCAAAACCAGGAACUUCUAAUCUAUCACCACCAACACCAACACCAACAACAACAACAACAACAACAACAACCACAGCAACAACAACUGAAACCAACAAAAACUCAGGUGAGGACCCAAAACCAGCAACUACUAAUCUACCACCACCAACAACAACAACAACAACAACAACAACAACAACAACUGAAACCAACGAAAACUCAGGUGAUGAUGCAGGGAAGGUGUCUACAAUGUCAACCACACCUAUUAAACCAACUUUGACAAAAGUGAAAACUGCAUCUGAAAAAACAGGACAAGGCAGUAAACAUCCAGGUUGGUGGUGGUGGAUCAUCGUUGUGAUCGUGGCUGUUGCAGCACUCGCAAUAAUCACUGUGGCUGUCAUCAGACGGAAGAGGACUCAAGGGACUGAAACGGAGACGGAUGAGAACUUGAGCCCUUCCUGCCCUUGUGCGGAAAUGAAUUUCAGCGCGCCAUGUUGAAGGACAUCUCAUUUCUCUAAAUGCACUUCGAGGACCGAGGAUCGAGCAUCGAGGAGGCUCUCUGGAGGAGCUAUAACCGAGGAUACACUGAUGGGUACUCUGCGGAUGUAUUUCCGGCAACAGUGAUGUUUAAAAGAGUCGUGACUAAUGCGGGAUAAUAUCCACAUGUCUACCUACUUUAUUAGAUUUAUGAUUAUAAAAUUAUAAAAGUGUGGAUAUUAUCCGGCUGAACAAAACGUGCAUUUAUCGAACAUCUUUCACAGACCUUAUUUCGAGCUAUUUCCAAAAUCCUAUGGAGAAAUCCCAUUGCUUUUUUGUCGAGAGGGAACCCAUGCACAGCUUAUUUCCGGGUUUUAUGACGCAUCAUUCUAUCGAGACCCUGGUUGCGUUCCAAUAGUCCAUUUAGCUUAGGAACCUUCCUAACGGAGUGAAAUGACCCUGAAGUACGUCAG